CAACAACAAUAAUAAUAAUUAUUAUUAUUAUCUGGCAUGGUCUUAGACUACGUCAACUCUGGCAGAUAAUAAUCAAUACAACAGUGAUAUAGUGUCAGAAUUGAUGACAUUGUAUAAUUAACUAAUUUUAAAUGGAUAAAGUGAAUCUUACUUGUGUAAUUAUUAAUUUAAAUAGAAGAAGCGUGAAUAAUUAUCUGCUUAUAUGGUCGGUAGUUAUUGAAUUAUGUAGGGUUUAUUUCAUUAAUCGACUAUAUCACCUGAUAAUACUAAGGGAAUAUUAUAAUUAUCAUGAAUAUUUUUUUCAGCUCAAGAGACUCAUUUGUUGGCAAUACAGUGCCAUGUGUUGACUUGUAACUGGCAAGCCGUCCACGUCCUGUUAAUAAGAAUUCUCACGGCUCCUCCAGCGCCAGGCCACCGGUAUUGCAACUAAACAUAUUUUAAAGGCCGACUGCCAACCAUCGUGGCCAGCAGUAUCUUAGUUGCCGAAUGCCGACUGUUUUAGAUUCCAAUGGCCAAUGGCUUUCCCGUAAUUCCAGAAGUCGUUGCGCCCAUUACCGUCAUUUCACAUAUCCCCUCAUCUCACAUUUUAUUCUCAUUUUAAAAUUUAGAAAUAAUAACACGAAAAACAUGACGAACUCCAUUUUCACACCUGCUUCGUGGAGAGACAGAGAGAGCGAGACGACUUUCAGAGAGAGGUGUUUCGUAAUGGUGGAGAACUUUGAUUUGGAGAGUUCUUGAAGUCAAAGUCAUCAAAAUCAAUGGCUGAGAAGGAAGGGCGAUGGCCAUCAUCAUCGAGAGUUUCGUCGGCUUCUUUACGCCCAACGAUCGCUCUACCACCACGAACUUCAAUGGAAAGUCUUUUCACCGGUGGGUUAGGGGUGAGUCCAGGACCGAUGACUUUGGUAUCCAACUUUUUCUCCGACAACGAUCCGGACACGGACUGCCGCUCGUUCUCGCAGCUGCUUGCUGGAGCUAUGUCCUCUCCAGUGGCUACUCCAGCUCAGAGACCUAGCUUUCCGGUGGUGUCAGCGGCGGAGGGUUCUUCAAUGAAGGAUAAGGUCGCUGCUGGUGGUGAGGUGGAUUUUCGGUUUAAGUAUAGUCGGCCGUCCGGCUUGGUGGUCGCGCAGCCGCCAGUAUUUACCGUACCUCCGGGUUUGAGUCCUGCUACGUUGCUCGAUUCACCAGGGCUUUUUCCCCCUGGUCAGGGCUCCUUUGGAUUGUCCCACCAGCAGGCACUUGCUCAGGUUACGGCUCAGGCUGUGCAAGCUCAAGCCCAAAGUCAUAUUGGUCCGGAAUACCCACCCUUAUCAGCACCUCCUGCUGCAUCUAUACGACAGACUCCAUCCUUUACCAACAAUACAACCACACACCAGCAGUUGUCACCACCCAUGCAAGAGCCUAAUGUUAUGAAAGAUUCAUCAGAUUACUCUCAUUCUGAUCAGAGAACCCAACCUUCUUCCUUUGCUGUGGACAAACCUGCUGAUGAUGGGUACAAUUGGCGGAAAUAUGGGCAGAAGCAGGUGAAGGGCAGUGAAUAUCCUCGAAGUUAUUACAAAUGUACUCAUCCAAAGUGUCCAGUCAAGAAGAAGGUUGAACGCUCUCUUGAGGGACAGGUAACUGAGAUUAUCUAUAAGGGGCAGCACAAUCAUCCACCACCUCAAUCCAAUAAGCGUGCCAAAGAUGCUGGAAAUCCAAAUGGAACCUCAAAACUUCAGGGUUACUCUGAUCUGGGUUCCGAAGGUCAGACUGGAAAUUUGAACAAAAUGGUGCCUACUGGUUCACUUUCAAUGAAGGAUCUGGAAUCUAGCCAAACUGCACCUGAACAAUUGUCUGGAUCAAGUGACAGUGAGGAAGGUGUUGAUGCUGAGACCAGAGUAGAUGGAAGGGAUGAAGACGAACCUGAAUUAAAGAGAAGGAACACAGAGGUCAGUGUUUCCGAACAAACUUCAUCCCACCGUACGGUUACAGAACCAAGGAUCAUUGUUCAAACAACCAGUGAAGUCGAUCUUUUAGAUGAUGGCUAUAGGUGGCGCAAGUAUGGCCAGAAGGUUGUUAAAGGAAAUCCUUAUCCAAGGAGCUAUUACAAGUGCACAAGCCCUGGAUGCAAUGUACGAAAGCAUGUCGAGAGAGCUGCGAGUGACCCUAAGGCUGUCGUGACAACAUACGAGGGAAAACAUACUCAUGACGUACCAGCAGCUAGAAAUAGCAGCCACAACACAGCUAACAAUUCUGUGUCAGAGUCGAACCCACACAAUGCUGUAACUGAUAGACAUGCAUUGUUCAAAAGAACAGAAUUUGGGAACCACGAGCAACAGCGUGUGGCUCUUCUGCGGUUUAAAGAAGAACAAAUUACAUAGUUUCUAAAAGUUUCAGACACGGAAAGAUAACGAAGAUGACAGCGCGAAUUACACAAAUAUUUUUACAUUUGGUUAGAUAUAUUCUCAUGCUUGAGCCUGAAGUUUUGAUCCAUACAACUGCUAAAACACAUACAAAAUAGGAAUCAUCUGUUAGUCCAAAACAAAAGGCUGUUGGAAUGAAUAAUCAAGUGUUGCUUGUAAAUUACUUUUCAUAGCAUAAUGGUUGUUGAUGUUAUUAUGUGCAUUCUUUUGUAAAUGCAAUACGGAAGUAAUGUAUCUGAAAUGAUGGUUUUCUUUUGCAUACAAAAUCAAAG